UACAAUUUUAUAUUGGCAAAAACAAUUCAUUACAGCAGUUUUGGCCACUAACAUAUGACCUUUUCUUCCCCCAUGGGGUGGCCUCCAUUUCUUACUUUCAAAUUAUCCUCCAUUAGAGCCACUUCUUGUUGAUCUUUAUUUCAAUGAAGAAGCAUCCACAAUACCUUCUGCUAACUCUAAUUCUAACUAUCCAAUCCAUAUCCGCUACUGACUUUGUCUUCAAUGGAUUCCAUUCUGCAGACAUAUUACUCUAUGGAAAUGCCACAAUUGAAUCAAGAAUUCUUACACUAACCAAUGACACAACUUUCUCGAUUGGUCGUGCUCUAUACCCGACAAAGAUUAUCACAAAACAACCAAAUGUUUCUGGUGUUCUUCCAUUUUCGACGUCUUUCAUUUUCGCUAUGGAGCCUUACAAGGAUAGGCUGCCGGGACAUGGCAUAGUUUUCUUGUUUGUACCACAUAUUGGGAUCCAGGGUUCCAGCUCAGCACAGCAUUUAGGCCUAUUCAACUUUACAAAUAAUGGGAAUCCAACUAACCAUGUUUUUGGUAUUGAGUUUGAUGUUUUUAAGAAUGAAGAAUUCCAGGACAUCAACGACAAUCAUGUCGGAAUUGAUGUCAACUCACUUGUAUCAGUAGCUUCUGAGGAGGCAGGCUAUUGGCCUGAUAAAGGCUCUUUCAAGAAACUGAAGCUGAACAGUGGGAAAAUUUACCAGGUUUGGAUUGAUUAUGCUGAUAAUAAUGUCAGUGUCACCAUAGCACCUGUUGGGACGACAAAGCCUAAACAACCUUUGCUGAAUAUUUUUAUUAAUUUUUCCGAAGUUUUCGAGGAGGAAAUGUAUGUUGGUUUUACUGCAUCAACGGGAGCUUUGAUUGAAAGUCACAAAAUCUUGGCUUGGAGUUACAGUAAUUCAAACUUUUCAUUGAGUGAGGCAUUGAUCACAAGGGGAUUGCCAUCUUUUGAGCUUCCUGGAAUAUCGUUAUAUAAAUCCAAAGGUUUUAUUGCUGGUAUGGCAGUGGGAGUUUUCUUGAUUAGUAUCAUGUUUUUAGUAGUUGUUUUCUUGAUCAUUAGAAAGAAUAGGAGAAGAAAAAGGGAGAGAGAAGAAAUUGAAGAUUGGGAAUUAGAAUACUGGCCACAUAGAAUUAAGUAUCAAGAAAUUGAUGCAGCAACAAAGAGUUUUUCAGAUGAAAAUGUGAUUGGAAUCGGAGGAAAUGGAAAGGUUUACAGGGGAAUAUUGCCUGGUAGAGCCGAGGUGGCGGUGAAGCGUAUUUCGCAUGAAAACGGUGAAGGAAUGAGAGAAUUCUUGGCUGAAAUUUCAAGUUUGGGAAGAUUAAAGCAUAGAAAUUUGGUGGGCUUGAGGGGUUGGUCUAAGAUAGAAAAGGGCAGCCUAAUAUUGGUUUAUGAUUAUAUGGAAAAUGGGAGUUUGGACAAAAGGAUUUUCGAAUGUGAUGACGCCAAAAUGUUGAGUUUUCAAGAAAGAAUAAGAAUCAUAAAGCAAGUGGCUUCAGCUGUCUUGUAUUUGCACAAUGGAUGGGAGGCGAAAGUUCUGCACAGAGACAUUAAGGCUAGCAAUGUGUUACUUGAUAAAGAAAUGAACGCAAGACUAGGCGAUUUUGGGCUAGCCAGAAUGCAUGACCAUGGACAGGAGGCUGGUACGACUCGCAUAGUUGGAACCAUCGGUUACUUGGCACCUGAGGUGGUCAAGACCGGUCGAGCAUCGACUCAGACCGAUGUGUUCAGCUAUGGGGUAUUGGUUCUGGAGGUGAUGUGUGGUAGGAGGCCAAUUGAAGAAGGCAAGCCACCGUUGGUAGAUUGGGUAUGGGAUCUAACGAGACGCGGAGAAUUACUUAACGCCCUCGAUGAUCAGUUAAGGGCUAAAGGAGGGUUCGACAAAGAGGAACUUGAAAGAGUGCUUCAAUUAGGCUUGUUAUGUGUGCAUCCGGACCCUGAUGUCAGGCCUACAAUGAGACAAGUUGUGAAAUUAUUCGAGGGGAAGACUGAGGUUGAUGGAGCCGAAGACGGGAAUACAGGCACAUCUCUCUUGGAGAAGAUUAAUAGUAAAGAAAUCUGGUCCAUUUAUCCCCAGAGCUCUAGCACUGGUUCACAUCCAACAUUCGAAGAAAUCAAAGAGGGGUUGUCUUCCUCCAUGCCUUUUUGGUCCAAUACUACUAUGGAAGGGGCGGACCUAGGAAAUAUUUUCAGUGCGGGCAAAAAUUUCUCGAAUCCGGUGUGCACUCGUAAAUUUGAAGGAUGAAAAGAAAACAAGGGAAGAAUGGGAAAAUUGAAUGACGAAGAAAGAGCAGCAAACGAGAGAAGAAUGAGCCGCCGAGCAAGAUUGAAGGAACUGGGAAGAAAUUUCAAGCUUGAUUUCAAUUUCAUUUGUUUGAACAUUUGGGUCGAAGAUAAGAAUCAUGAGAAUACAUUGCUGGCCGUUGAUGAAUGCUGAUGAAACAAACACCUAAGUUUGAUGGUGAGGAUACAUCUAAUAUUGAUGGUGUUGAGGUGUGUGAACUAUCUGGGUCCUUCAUAAAAGAAGUUCAGGGAAGCUGCUAUUUUACAUAAUAUUGGCCUCACCUAAGUUUGUUGCCUUGAAUUUUGGAAUCUACUUGCCAUUAAAUUACUUCUUUUGCAGCGUGGUAAGUAUCA